AUGACUAGACGUGGUGAGGCGCUGCCUACUCCGGCGGGGAGUGUGGAUGUUACUGUGGAGGAGGAUGGGGAUGCUGCUAUGGUGGCGAUGGGUAGCAGGUCGGUGUCUGCUGCUGGGAUGAACUCCAUCGAUCUAGUCGUGGCGUUGGGAUCGGAUGCCUUUGGCAGAGUUUCCGUGGACCAUACCACCGCACCCGCAGCCAAUGAAUUCUCCAGAAUCAACUCUCUCGUCUCUUCCAGUCCCUCCGGUGGCUCGGAGGCUUUCAGCAGGACGAACGCACUUUGGCCGCAAACACCGUCAUCCCGGACCAUCGAGAUCGACGAGGAUCGCGAGUGCCUUGCCCAGAUCGUGGAGGUCUUGCAGGGGCUACACCACUUCGAGACCAUCCGCAACAUGCUCCACAGAUACUGUCUCGAGAGCAAAGCCUCCUGCGUCCCUGCCGCACUCAUUGUGAACGGGGUCGAAACGCUAUCUAGUCUCACUGGUGAUUGGAGACCUGGUUCUGGCCCACGAUCUGGAGAGGAGACAUUGCACUUCGCGAGAUGUGUCAUGGAGUCCACUAAACGACCAUUACGGAUUACGAGUGCGACUACUCCGGAAGAGUACCUGCGCAUGAAUACUGGAGCCAACUUACGACUCGAGUACUUGGGGACCUUGUAUGCGAUUGGAGGCAGGGCUUACAUAUAUGAAGAGAGCUCGGAUGGCGUUCGCCCGGAUUUCGUGCAGGCUAUGUACCGAUAUAGUGCGGCUUGUCGGGCGCUGUAUCAGAAGCUUGCGGCGCCGAAUGAUGCGGGAUGCUGGCAUGCGCUUGAACAAGCGCUGUACUGCUCUCACGUCAAAGGGGAUAAGAGUGAGGACGUCUGGCGUGCCCUGGGCGAUGUGUCAUCCGAUGUUCUCGCCGCAGGCUACCACAACGAGAAGUUGAUCACGCAGGAUACGCCUUUCUUCCUUGCCGAGACCCGACGGCGGGUGUUCGUCAAAGCAUACGUGCUGAACAUGGCUCUAUCCUCGCUCUUCGACCGACCCCCGAGGAUCUCGAGACGUUACUCAUCGACCCUCGCGCCGCUGAACCUAUCCGAUGACGAGGUGCUUGCGGAGCCAGAACAGUUGCGUGCGGCCCAGAGUCGACUUUCUGCCGACGGAUGGGAUAUGAGCGGACCUUACUAUCCGUCUUCGUUCAUCAGGAUGCGCCUAGCGACUGCGGAAAUCAGCGAGGAGAUCCUCGAUCAGACGUAUCAGCCUUCGAUACCCGGAGCAAGAGAGCGUCUGCAAGCCCUUUCCGCCCGCAGCUGCGAGGCCUGGCGCACCCUGCCCCCUCAACUUAAGUACAAAACGAAUUACUGGACUACAGGCCUCCCACCAAAAGUCUGCCAGAUGUUGAUGAUCACGUAUCUGGGCUUUGCGACCACUGACUUCCAUAUCUAUCGUGCUCUCGCCCUGGCACAAGCAGAUCCCCAGGCUAUGACGCCGUUGAUACAGGUCUCGUUUGAUGUAGUGACGAUGUUGAUGGGGCUCGGGGAGGCGAGGAUAAGGGAUGCGAGGGCUCAUCGCGAUUUCUCGUAUCUGCUCCUGUUGCACGGCAUGCCCGCCGCGGUCGUGCUGAUCGAAGCCUUGCAGAAAAUGGGACGACAACGGCCUCCGCUCCUCGCCCUUCCAGAAGGCAUCACGAGGGCCUCGCUCGUCCGCACCUUGUCCAUCUUCGUAGGCCAGCUAGACACGGCGUGCGAGCCCUCCGACACCAACAAGGAUGUCUGCACGCAGGCCUCCGACGCUCUCUCGCGAGCUCUAGAUGAUGUGCUCAACGCGCCAAUGGUGGCGGUGGAGAAUCAUGAGGCUGUGGAGGCUCAGCAUGGAGCGGCGAUGACGGGAUACGGGAACGAGAUACCUGAUCUUGGUGACACGCAACCCAUCGUCACCUUUCCUGAUGCUACCACCAGAACUCCGCAACCGCAUCUACCACUUCACCCUCACAAGCGAAACCGCCAUCGACAUCCCUACAGCUCCGGCCACAUCCCAGUGUCAGGCCUGCUCCCAACCUGCAAAACCAUCCGCGAAGAAGCCAAACUCAUCUUCUACGUCGCGAACACCUUCAGAUUGACCGUGGACGACAACACACCGCACAACUCGCACGCCUUCCUGACCAGAAUAUCCAAAGAAGCAUGCAAAGCCAUGGCCAAGGUCAUCAUCCGCUACAAAGCUAUCGAACCUUCCGCCGUCACCCACCCACGGCACUCGCUACAGAAUAUCCAUCACAAUCUCAAAGCCACUCAAGCAGCCAACCCCUUCAAACUCGAGGCUUUCGAAGAAGUCAAGAAUCAGAUCAUUGCAUACUGGCAUGGUUGGGCCGGUUGGCUCUGCUGGGUCACCGAUAAAAUUGGCGGACUUGAGAAGCUCGAGCACGAGUUCAAUGCCGAUUAUGAUCCAAAGGAUCCGUUGAAGGGAAAGAGAGUCGGUCGGAUUUUUACGUCGUUGUGGGAUCAUCAUAUCGACCAUGAGCUGGCUAGGUGUCAAGACCCGGCGUUCGUGCGACUGAUGGUGCGGAGUUUGCAGCAGGACUGGGCGAGGGUAGGGUCUGAUGGCGUUGAGGAGGAGCUCGCUGAGUAA